AUGGUGCUACAGGCAAUUAGGUACAGCAAUGGUGAACUCGCCAUAAUCGACCAAUUACGGCUUCCAUAUGUGGAGGAAUAUAUACCGGUGCGAACAGCCGAAGACGGUUGGCAUGCAAUCAAGGAAAUGCGAGUGCGAGGAGCGCCUGCCAUUGCUAUCGUAGCUGCUCUUGCACUUGCAUCUGAGAUCCAUGCACUUCUCGCGGAGAACAAGCUACCUGCAACCGCGGAAGAGGUUCAAGCGGUAAUUACCCAGAAGUUACAGUAUCUUGUGACUAGCAGACCGACUGCCGUCAAUCUUGGUGAUGCCGCUCGCAAACUUGAAGUUCUUGUUGGGGAGCUUGCAAGUGAAAUCAAAGCUACUAGCCAUGGCAUUGCGACUGCCUUUAUUAGAGCAGCCGAGGGCAUGCUAGUUAAGGACGUGGACGAUAACAAGAAGAUUGGCCGAAAUGGCGCGGAUUGGAUUGUUACAAAUGCUCUUGACGCAGUGAAGUCAAGAGCCACCAUUCUUACACAUUGUAACACUGGGUCUCUUGCGACUUCGGGAUAUGGAACAGCAUUGGGUGUGAUUCGUGCUUUAGCGUCCAAUGGCACUUUACAUCACGCGUAUUGCACCGAAACGAGGCCCUACAACCAAGGAUCUCGUUUGACCGCCUUUGAGCUGGUCCACGACAAUCUCCCUGCCACAUUGAUAACAGACUCAAUGGCAGGUGCAUUACUUGCGAAGCCGGAGAUUGGUGUGAAUGCUAUUGUGGUGGGAGCUGACAGAGUGGCGGCCAAUGGGGACACUGCGAACAAAAUAGGCACAUACGGUCUGGCUGUGCUUGCAAAGCACCACGGAGUGAAGUUCCUCGUGGCAGCGCCACUCACCACAAUUGAUCUAGCUACGAAGUCAGGCAAUGAUAUUAUCAUUGAAGAGCGCCCUGCUUCAGAGGUUACGAAAUUAAGAGGCCCCUGCGAAGAAGAUAGUGUUACCAGUGGCCUGGUGUUGAACACAAUACGCAUCGCAGCAGAGGGAAUAAAUGUUUGGAAUCCAGCAUUCGAUGUCACUCCUUCGACGCUCAUUGACGGUAUAAUUACAGAAGUAGGUGUGGUGGAGAAGGGUCCAGACGAUGUGUUCAACUUGAAUGUCUUGUUUCAGGGCUGUUCAAAGGCUUGA